AUCAAAUAAAUUGUACCUACAUUGCUCGCAUAACGCGAGUGAGAAAACAGGCGAAAUUGUGACCUACUUUUUUUCCAACUCAACGUGAAAUACCAAAAAAAAAAAAAUCAUGUUCACUUGAAAAAAAAAAUUAUCAAAAUUUACGUUUGAAUUAUAUAGUAUUAUACGAGGAGUCCUGCAGCAUGGCAUCGACUUUUUCACACCUAGCAACUUUCCUUCUCGUAAUCAGUUCCUUUGAUUGGUCACUAGUUCCACAAGUGUCGAGUCAACGAUUCAUUAAUCGGCGAGUAUGGAAAGAAGCAGACAGCGUGAUACCUCCCAAAAAAGAACACAAAGCCACCAUUUUCUUUUUACAUAAUAUUCAUAAUUCGGGAGUCUCGAUGAGAUACUGGUGGCAAUUGGUGAUGCCGGAUAGUCAAUUCGAACACAUCAAACUGGUAUUUCCAAACGGCGUCAGAUCAUAUUAUGCGCCAUUAAUCGGUAUGGAACGUCUCGCUUGGUACAAUCAGCAAGGUAUAGGUCCAGAAUAUCCUGAAUUACGAAACGACACCUACGAAAUAGCCAAACACGGUUUGAAUUUAUUAGUCAAAGAAGAAACUGACUGGUAUAACAUUACCACAGAUAAAAUCAUCAUAGGUGGAUUUGAUCAAGGAGGUACAAUGGCAAUGCACAUGGCAUUCCGAGAGAUGAAAAAUAUCGGCGGAUGUUUCGCCUUAUCAUCCUAUCUCUGCCACGAUUCGAUCCUUUAUAAAGAAUUACCGGUUGUCGAUAAUAAGGAAUUGACGGAACCGAAAUUACCAUAUUUAUUUUACGUUAACGGUAAAAAGGAUCCAAAAAUCAAAUUGGAAUGGGCUCAAGAGACUUUUAAGCGAUUGGAAAGACGAGGUGUUAAAGGAGAGUUCCAUAUCGAUGGUAAUGUAACUUACGAACUGAAGAAAUUAGAACUUUAUCAAUUAAGAAACUGGGCAAUUAAAAGGCUGGGUGUUGAUUAAUAAUUUUUGACAUAGGUAAUAAGUAAGGUGUUAUUUUUAAGCCAAAAAUAAAUAUAAUUCAAACGAGAA